AUGGGCGUUCAGUAUUUGUGCCAAACCGCUCGUUCUCUUAGUCGCGCCGAUCGCCAACCCUGCAAAUCUGACAAUGUCACAAGAGGCCACGAUGAUCGCGUAUGUUGUGCUUGGUACGGCGAUUAUUUUCUUAGUGUCGAUGACAGUGACUUCAUGCGGAACGGGGAUUUCAUGCCAUCGCGUUUGCAGGCGCAAAACGAUGCGGUGAGUCUCAUAUGCCAGAGUAAGCGCCAGCGUAAUCCUGAGAAUACGUUGGGUCUGAUCUCGUUAGCCAACAGAGAGGUCCUGUGUACACUCACAAACGACUCGAGCAAAAUAUAUAAUCGUUUACAUACCGUAGAACCGAAGGGCGUCAUCAGCUUCUGCACAGCAAUACGAAUAGCUCAUCUCGCCCUGCGCCACCGUCAACUGAGACAUCAAAAAAUGAGAAUCGUCUGCUUCGUGGGUAGUCCAAUAUCAGAUUCCGAUAAAUCAAUGAUUGAUUUGGCGAAACAUCUUAAGAAGGAAAAAGUCAGUGUGGACGUCGUGAAUUUCGGUGAGAACGAAGCAAAUCAACAAAAGCUCUCGGAUUUCAUUGAUACUUUGAACGGGAAGGCCGGAGGGUCGUCUCACCUCGUUUCUGUUCCUCCAGGGGCGGUCCUCCACGAUUCAUUGGUAACUAGUCCUAUAAUUGCUGGGGAAUUCGGUGGCACUUUGGCGACAUCCGGUUUGGGACUUGGUUUCGGGUUGGACGCCAACGAAGAUCCGGAUUUGUUGUACGCUCUGAGGGUGUCUAUGGAAGAUCAAAGAAUGCGCCAAGAACAUGAGGUGAAUGCUGGCCCCACUGGAGCUGCUGGUGCUGCCACGCUUCCUGGUAUGUUGCUUUUGACUCGUAUGCUGGAACAUACGUACGUACCAUUCCUUACUGCUCAGACGACAGUCAAUUUGUCUAUGUUCUCUGCAUCGAACAAAUAUCAACUUCCUAAUUUCACUCUUUGCCGCAUGUUGCCGUAUUCAGCCGGUUCGGGUACUUCCGAAGAGGCCAUGCUUCAAGAGGCUUUACGCAUGUCAAUGCAACCGGCUGCUCGUCCACCCGGGUCUGCCCUACCAAUGGAUAUUGAUUUGGCUGCAAUGACAGAAGAUGAGCAGAUCGCAUAUGCACUUGAGAUGUCCCUGCAGCAAGCUACGGAACCCAUGGCCAAGGAAACAAGUGCAAAACCGGAGGGUGAGCCUAGAGCUACUGCUAUGGACGUGGACCAGCCAGCUCCCGAAAAACCGGAUUCAUCCGCGCCAGGAGGUGGUACAUUAGCCUCUGCUGCUGCUCUGCUUGGGGCUGCAAGUACCGGUGUCCUGACUUCCGAUUUGGAUGUGUUGCAUGAUACUGGCUUUCUUCAGUCUGUCCUACAGGGUCUGGCUGGUGUGGACACGAAAGACAAGGAUGUGCAAAAGGCAAUCAGUGAUUUGUCCAAAGCUCCUUCCAAGGACAAAACCCCGCCGAAGAAAGACGACACAAAGAAGGAUGAUCCAGGUUCGAGCGCGGGUGGAACAACCGCCACCUAAUGGUAUAAUGUGAUUCCCAGUUAUUGAACUUCGGCCCGUUCCCCCUCCUGAAAACCUCACCUCUGUCAUCAAUUAUUUGGAGUGUUCGUUCUGCAGGAUCUACGUUGUGAUGUAAUGACAAGUUAUAUUACCGAACGCGUCGUUGAACCUGUACUCGAGGUGUGUGUUCUGUACAUCUCACCAUGUCAUCAUUUUCACUGUGUACUUUUUCCUCUAGGAUCAUCGGGGGUCUUUUCGUUUUUUUUUCUGUGACCCUUUUUGUAGUCGAGCUUGGGUCUCUG